AUGAACUACGGCGAUUCGGACCCUCGCAGCCGAAGCGAUGGGUGAAUUCUUGUCAUUAUUUCUUUUCCAACUUUCAGAAAAUAUACUCUUCUUAACCAAAAAGUUUCAAUAAAAAUAAAUACGGCUAAAAAUUGCGUCAAAAGAAGAAAAUUAAAGAUUUCAGACUUCAUCUUACAUCUUAUUCUUAUGAUAAGAAAAAAAGAGGAUUAUAUAUACGAACUUAGAAAAUGGAGAGUUCAGCGGAGGACGGCGAGGCGUCGAAGCGACGACAUUUCGCGGCGUUCCUUCAUAUCACGAGAUUCCGCCAAGAGGAGGAAACUCCGGCAGAAGACCCAAGAGAAAGAGGUUUCGUGGAAAAUUAAGCAUUUUAGAGUGCGCAACGACAAGAAAUUCGAAAAACGUAGACGAAAAUAAACAUUUCGAUAUAUUUUUCGAGUACAUUGACUGAGCUUCAUCAUUUGUAACCUUUUUGAACAAGAUAUUUGGUUGCCUAGAGACCAGGGUUGUAUUGAAGGGUAGGGAUAACGCCUGUUAGAGCGAAGAAAAUGGAGAGAAAAAGACGCUAAAAGGCUUUUCGAAUUUUUCUUUCGAACGCAAUUUUCAAUCCAAAACGAUGAUAGAGAACGAUAGUUUCUGAGAUGAAACCUUUCUCGUCAAACAUGUCUCUGACAGUUUUUGUUCCGGUAGAUAAAAAGGUCAAAAAGUGAUGGAACGAGAUCAAAAAAGGUGUUUACUCAGAAAAUGGCGGCCAAUGGUUCCUGUUUUCAAUGAGAGAAGGUUUCUAUUCUGAUUCCGUGUUCAAAGUGAUUCCGCCAAAUCCAAAACAGCCGUCAGAGAAAGCAAAAGAUAACUGACUUUCGGAGAGUCAGAGAUAGGUUUGCAUUUCGCGGAAAACUACUUUGAACACAGCACUAAGUGUUUUUGAUGUUUUUUUUUUUUGGAGUAUCGUUUUGAUGGUUCAUGUUUGGAGUACCUUUUGGAUGGUUCCAGAGGUGGCAACCAUCAGCCGAGGAACGACCGAGAGCCUGACUACCAGGGUGAUCGGAGGUUUCUCUGUGGCCAAGGUUGGUUUAUUUUCCAAAAGUGUUGAAAGAAAAGUCGUCGCAAACACACAGAAGAUAUUUUCUUUCGACAAUCCAGAGUUUCCUGAAAGUUUUCCCUUCUAAAAGAAAGUUACGGAAAUUCAAAAAUUUGUAUGUUUGUCUGUGUUCUGAUAAAGGAAACUAUUAAAAUCGCCUAUUCUUGCGCAGAAAAACAUUUUCCUACCGUUUCUUUUUCAAGAAAAAACUUUUUCCAGGCUGAUAUUUUUGGGAAACUUGCCGAGAACAAAGAAUUUUGAACCAGUUUAAAAAAAUUGUCAGAAAUUCUCAUUUAAUUCUUUCUCAUGAGUUCUUUGUGCUUGAGACAGAAUCGAACGUCAUAAAAAAAGCUAAAGAAGCCUUAUAAUCCUAAUAGUGAAAAAAUUCGGAAAUUCGAAAAUAUCUUUUCUUUAUUUUGGUGCAUUUCUCAUACUUUCUUUUAUCGCAGAGCGUUUGAGGGAAAAAGAUCAUUUUGUGGGUAUAGUUUUUAAUUAAAUUGAACUCCUUGAAAAAAUAAGGCACUGAAGAUACAAGAAGCUUCUUUUAUGAAUUUCUCAGAGACCGAGCUUUUGAGUGUUUGUAACGAAGGCGAGCACACGACCGCUGCGCUACGAAAACCUAUUUGUGGAUUCUCCGAAUUCAGGUGCCGAGUCUUCGGAUCAGUUCCAAGUAGAAGUUGGCACAAUAAUGAGACGUUCGACGACUUCGAGGGGCGACGACCAUCAGGACAUUUUUCAGUUCGUUGCCUAUAUUUGAAAAAAAUGUUUGUGUUUCUCAGAAAUUAAUAAGUGAUAAAGUUAAUUAGAAAAUGUGACGGUUUUUUUUAUUCCCCAUUUUUAUUGAAAAAUUGGGAUAAUUGAUGAAGCAACCGUUUUGCAGCCGAUAAGCUAUUCCAGAUGGUUUGAAGCUAACUGAGAAUAUAACGAAAAUAAAUGCCCAAAAGGAAAAACGGUUAAAGUUGCCACUAAUGAACAUACGUGUAUGAAACUCUCAGUUAUUAUUUCUUUUUUUUUAAACUGAAAACUCUUCAGUCUCAUUUAUUUUUCUGUUACCCGAUCUCAGCUUCAAUAUUUUCUUAUUUUAGUCGUCGAAUAUCUCCAUCUUUUCUUUUCCAGCAAUGAAAAGAGUCAGGAAAUGAAGUUUGGAAGGAGGCCUUUUCGACUAUUUUUCGAUUCAUGUUUGACCUUACCUGGAAUCAAACUAUUCUAUCCAUAUUCAUUUAUUCGUUUUCUUGAUCUACUAAUUUCAAGGCCGAUAGACGCUUUGGAGGCAGAAGGACGGUACACGUUGCCGAAAAAUGGCAUCAACAACUUGAACGGCGCCUAUUCUUCUCACAGGUUCAAAAUUCCUCGUUCCGCAUAACUUUCUCUUUUUGAAGGCUGGCUCCAAGACGCUCAAACGUUACUUAUGGUUAUACUAACAGGUAUCUUGACGGAAUAAGAGAAUAUUAUAAAUUGUGAGAAUAUUCUCUAGAAAAUGGAAAAGGAAAAAAAAGAAGUUCUGAAAAAAUAUUUUUGAAUUAUUUCUAUGAGUUUUUAUUAAAAAUAUCAAUGUAGAACUAGUACCUGCAAUGCUAGGAGUUUUUCAGAUCGGCAAAUAACAAUAGGAAUUCAAAUAGGUUUGAACAAAGAAACGAAGGUUUCAACCGCAGGAAUCCUCACGAGAAGUAAGCCAAAAAGUUGGAAGCAGAGUUGAAAUUUGAUUUCAGUGAUUACCACGGCCAAAGCUUUCGAGACACGCCGACAAACCAAAAUCGGAGGUUUUCCAAAGUUUUCUACACGAACAGCCCAAGAAUUUUACGUUCAGAAAUCCCGAUUACGUAACUCCGACACGAGGCAACGAUAUGUACAAUAGGAGGAAUCAGAAUGAAGGUUUCGCAGUCAUUUAGAAGUAGUCGUGAUAUCCAGAAAUCAUGUAUAAAUAGUGAAGUUCAUUGAGGACAUUUUGAAUUCACUUCUCGUUCUGCCUUUUCGAAAAAAAAAAUAUUUCAACGAUUUUCAAUGGUUCCCAACGAUGCUGUGAGGAACUUUUGUUCUGAAUGUACCAUAAUGAUGCCUAAUAGUUCAGGAGUUCGAGAGCUGAUAAGAUCGAACAACGACUCCUACGGACUGGUGACUCCGCCCAUCUCGACGCAGGCUUCGAGGGAGCGCAACUUGGCCGACGACUACCACUCGAGAGCCGCCGUCCGCAACCUCUCUUCGCAGUGUAUGCAGCCGUCGAGCUACUACGACGACACUCCAUAUAAACAGAACGUCCCACAGAACGGCGUUCCUCGCGUUUAUUACGCUGAAAAAGAGCCGCAGUCCUCAAUUCGAAGAUAUCCCAACGGAGCAGGAAACAGCGACCGCGGAACGUCUUCUGGAAAGUCGCUCAAUGGGUCAAAAGAAGACGAUUCUUUGAGACUCGUUUCGGCAAUUUCCAACGUCUCCUCGAUUGAGACACGGCAUGGACCGGGGGACCAUUCUGAAGAAGACGGGUCUCCCAGAAAGAACGACGGCGACUUCGGAUCUCAGAGGAGGGUGUUCCCUUCUAACUACUCGCCCAUGUCGUUCCAAACUUUGAGAGGGGAAACUUCUCAGAACUUGUAUGAUGACUACGAAGAAGAAGAUCUCCGCGAAAGUCCCGAAUCCAUCGAGUUCCAACGUCUCGAAGGGAUUUUCGACACAAGUCGUUUCGAGUCUUCCACUGCGCGAAUGGGUAUGAGCUCAAAGAAUAUUCGGAAAGUUUUUCUUUCCCGUAGUUUUCGCACUCUUGGCCUCGAUUUGCAAUUUGCUCCGCGUCGUUAUUAGCUAGAACUGAAAACAAAAAUCAAUUCUCAAAAAACUACUUUUUUUUUCGCGUGAAACGGUUCUCUUCUCAUUUUUCAAAAGUUUCCCUUUUUAUAUCUGAAUUUGAAAUUGAAUAUCUGAACGUUGAUAACUAUCAAUUUUCAAAUCUUCCUCGGUUAUUUUCUUUCGUAUUAAUUUAGAAAGGAGAAGCAUACAUUGUUGAAAAAAUGAGGAAAGUUGAUAGAAGGACAGGUUUUUAUUGAAAAUUGAUAACCUUUUUCCGCGCUCAAAUUAAUAAUAAAUAAAACCCUAGUCGCCAUCGUGGGGGAGCCACGAAACAAAAGGAUUUGGGUUCCCCCCGCAGUUUUUCAAAAUGUAAUCAACCUGAACUCAACAAAAGUUGAAAAUUCAAUCCAUCAAAAAUUUUUAAAUCUGAAAAACACAUUCCCAAAUUGCGUGCAAAAAAAACGCUUGUGUUUUAUAGUCUGUUCAGAUUUUGAAUAUCAAGCAGCUAACUCCACCCCCAAGGCUACAAUAUCUUACUUGUCAAUGUUUUAUAUCCAGAGGACGAUGAACCUUUAAUAAGGCUGCAUUUUGACUUCUUUUUCUAUCUUUUAGAUCAAAAAAGAUCAAAAUUAGUCCCGCGCGAUAAAACAUCGACGCAAAAAGGUACCGUCUCAACAGGGGCGGAGUUAGCUGGUUGAAAUUCAGAAUCUGAACAGACUAUAAGAAAGGCACACAAUUUGGGAAGCGAAAAACUUCGAAAAUUUUCAUCCCAGGGCAUACAAUUUUUUCGGUUCCCGGACAGAAUUUUUUUUUUUGUGAAAAAUUUUUUAUUUUGUUUCGAUCUGGAAAUGACUUAGUAGAUGUAAAAAUGCGUGCUAAUCACGAUUUUACUAGUUUCGAGCCAAAAAAAAACAGAAGAUAAAAAAGUUAUUUGGGAAACUCACCCAAAAUUUCAUAUUUUGGAUUUUUCGGGUCUUAGAUGGAAAAUUCGCUUAAUCCAUGUUUGGCUCAAUAGAUAGAGUAUUUUUUUGUGGUUUUGAUGAAGGCGAGAGAAAACGCCGGCUCGCAACGUCAUAUACUGGUUUUGAUUUUUUUGAGUUUCGUUGAUUUUUUGUGGAUAUAUAGAUUUUUGAAGGGUUCUACCGUAUUUGUCUAUCGAUUUUUUUAUCCAAUAAGAAGAGAUAUUUUCAAAUUGUUUUUUUGAAAAUGUAAAACGAUAAGAGAGAAAGUGUGUACUACAGUCAGAGGCUUCCCAGAGAAAAAAAGAAAACCCCAUUUUCGCAAAUUUUCGUUUAACUAGUUUAUAUACAAUUUUUUCUGCGCGCGAACGUCAUUUUUUCGUAUUCUGAUACGCUGCUCUCUAUUUUGAGAUUGAACAAGUAAUUGAUAAAAAAACUAUAAAACUACAAAGGCUGCCCAUUUUCGAAACGCGUCAUUUUUCGAAAUCAAGUAGCUUUAUCUAUGGGAUUUGGUAUGUACUUUUUCAAGUUGCAGAAGCGAUUCGGGAGGAAAUGAAACGUCGGGAAAUUCAGUUCGAAGUGAUGCGAGAAUACCAAAGGCAAGCCGAAUCGAGCGAGAGAUUGCGCGCAGAACUCAGCAGGUGGGAUCUUCAUUUGGGUUGAAAAAUUCCGAAAUAAGUUCAUAUAAUCUUUUUAUUAUCAGGAGAGAAAGAGAGCGUAGGACACAUUUUUUUUCGGAAUUUGACUUUUUUUCGAUUUCCCGGAAACCAUGGUGACGAUCGUGAUUUUUUCGAGAGCAUCGCUUUCAUAUGAAAUGCCGGAAUCCGCAGUUUUAGAGCGACUCAAGAAUCUGGCCGUUUUGAAGUCAUCAUUGUUCUGUAAUUAAUUUUAUAUUUAAUUUUAUACUUUCUCAAUUAUUCAGUCUUUUCCUUCUUAAUUGUUUUUUCCGAGUGCUCAGAAUCUAUGACACGCUAUAAAUAACCUUCAAUUCAUUUUUGAAUGACAUAAAUUUUUCAGAAACUGUCGGUCUCCGAGCGGCAAUCGAGAUUUUGAGUGCGAGUUGCAGUUCAGAAGGUCGAACAGUCCCCAGCGUCGUCUGGAGUACGACGACAACUCCAGAAGACGACGCGACUUAGAACUCCCGCCGCCAUCGAUGACGGUGCAAAGCCGCGGAGUUCACCCAAUAAGUGGAGCUGAAUCGUGGCAAAUCUUCCCACGGGACGCUUCUGUCGAGCCGGAGUUCGAUCCUGUGACGUCACCCUGGACGACGACGACUGCGAAAAUUCAGAAGUCUGCUGAAAGCUUUGAGGAAGAUGGUUAGUUCGUUUUUUUUGCUUCGAACUUCGGCGCAAACUUGGAAAAGAAACUUCUUUAAUCUUUUAUUUUUUCGAAGUUUGUGCUCUUGGAGUUCUAAUUUUUUUGAAAAUCAAUCAUAAGAAGAUCUUUUCCUCUUGUCGUGUAGGAGUUUCCGGCAAUUUCACAGGCAAAGUCCAAAUGACCUUAAAAAGAUCUUAAAAAGAAGAGCCUAAAGCUUCUCUUUGAGUUCUUAAAAAGGUGUCAAAAGUUUCUCGGAAUCGCCUUUUUUUUUAUUUUUUUUGUCUCCUUUUUUACCUCCUUGAAAAGUCGUUUUCAGAAAAAGGUCUCGAAAAAAGACGCCUUUGAGGCCUUUUUUUCCAAAAGUUCUUUUUGAGACCUUUCGGACUUUGCCCGUGUUCAUUCCACUUCAAUACAUUUUUCUUAAACUUUAAUUCUCACUGGUCAGUUUAAUAUUUUUAUCGGCUUUCUUUUCGAAAUAACGUAGCGAAGAUUCGGUAGAUACCUUUUUUUCGUAGAAAGAACUCAGAAAAUAUGAUAUGUUCCGUUGAAAACGUUCUGGUGUAUCCUAUUCAGAACUUCUUUGUUUGAAGGAGCAUGAAAAAGUUUUGAAGUUUUUUUUCGUGUUUUUUUUGAAAAUAACAACAGUACAACAAGGGUUUUUAAAACGACCGUAUCAACGCUUCUGAAAGUUGCAGUAAUGUUUUUCUAACUGGCUUUAGCCCAUUUCUCAACUUUUUCGAUUCCAUUCUCCAUCUGAAAGUUUUUGGACGGCUUCUAUCUUGAAAGUUCUGCAAUUGCUCAUACUAUUGCGAACGAAGGAAAGAGACGUCGGGCAGUGGCUGGGCAGACGAACAGACAAAUUCUCUUUUCCUUGUCCCUUGUUUCGAAACGCGUUCUCUCGCUCAACGCGACGUCUCUUAUCUUCGUUGCUCAUAUUAAGCGUUUAAAUAACGGGGUUUCUGUUGGAGAAAUCAUUUUUCCAUAUCAACUGAGUGCCUAAUGAUUGCUCGUUUUCAUGAUUCCACUAUUUGAAAUUUCAAAGAAUCAAUGGGAUCUUCCGAUUUUCCUUCUGCGUAUAAAUUGUCUCAAAAAAUGACCUGAGAGUUUCUUUACUAUAACAUAAUAGACUUGUUGCUGGAAGGACAGCAUCUGAGGAACCAAUAAAAGGUAAUGGCACAGCCCUUUACGCUUAUCACUUUUGACCCAUAGGUAAAGAUUUUUUCAUCGGAAUAUCUCCUUUUUUUUGAUGAAGUUGGAUAAAGUUGCGAUCUCUUUUUUUUUCGCGGAAGAAAUCGAUUCGAGGUUAUUUUGCAUGGUUCACAGUUUCAAGGAGAAAAACCUUCUAUUUCCUAGGAAAAAAAAUCCCCUUUUUUUGUCAUUUCAGAAAUAUAAAAUUGAGAAUCCAAAUUCCAAACGUGAAUUUAGCUCAUUUCUGUCCUUUUCUAUCACUAUUGGCACCAUCUUAUCUGAUUCCACGUUGUCAGAGUAAUUUCGGCGAAUUAGUCUCUGACUCUCCAAAGUUUCCGUUAUCUUCUCACUUCCUGACAGUUAACAUCAGAUUUUAUUUCUCAAAGGAACAAUUUUAUGCGCUUUUUUAAGCCGUAAAGUGAUUCGAAACUUAUUUAUCUAGCUUAUCAUUCGCCUUUUUUAUCGUUUUCUAACUUUCUGGACAAUAAAAAAAGUUGACAUUACAGUUUCAAAACAAUAAAACUCGGCAGAUCUUAUUCCUGCAAUUAUGUUCAAUCUCCAAAAGCAAUUGGAUACGAAAGCACCUCCCAGUGGAAGAAAGGGUAAAAUUGUUUGAAAAUAUGGGUUUAAAAUUCACAACCAUCAUUUUAAUAAAUAUUCAUUUGGGAAAGAAACUUCCAUUUCUCCGAAAACUAGGACACUGUUUUCCUGUGUGUUGAUGGUCAAGAUUUCAUCACAAAACGGGAAAUACCUAAGUGAUACGAAUUGUUGAUACAUUCGUUUUCUGGUCAAAAAAAAAACCAACUUUUAAACGGUCUCUUGCAAAUUCAGCCUUCAGACUAUUUUUGUUCUGGCAAAUAUUAGGUUUCCAUUUCAAAAUACCUACUGGGUCAGUGAUAACUUUCUGAGUUUUUUUCGGUGGUCUGAGAAUGGAAAACUUCAGGAAAAAACCAACGGCGCCGACAAAAUCAAAGGAAUGCCCGAGCGCAGAGUGAGGCGGUUUCUGAACCGGCCGUUCCUUCGCCUCCGACCAACUCGGCGGCCCAAGUUCCUCCACAAAUCGGCACGGUUCGCAGCCGAGAAGAUCAAUAACUUAGUGCUGACCCUCGAAAUUUCCAGCCGCCGACUGCCGAAAUCGAUCCGAGGUCUCCAAAAAGCGUUGUCGCCGCCAAGCUGGCGCCAGCUGAUCGAACCAACAAACAGAAGGUGUUUUUGAAAAAAAAAUGGAAAGAAAGAAGAAGAAAUGGAAUAGUUUUGAAUGAUGUUAUCGAAGGCUUGUGACUGAGUCCGAACUGGAACUUUUCUUUAAAUUUUUUUUUUUGAUUAACAUGAUUAUUUGAGUCACUGAACUUUCAAGUUUAAUUUUAAAAAAAAUGUUUUUUUCCAACAGCCAGUCCAAAAAGGAUUCAUUCUAUAUAACCUAAAGCGGAAAGGAUCUUUGCCAAAUUUGGAAAAAGCUUUGUGGAAUGCUCCCUAAACCUUUGCUCAUGUGAUUCUGUUUCAGUUCAAUCUGCUAAGCAACUUCUGGGAUAUCAAAAUCGGCCACAAGAUCGUCUACAAGUACGACGUCGAAGUGAGCGGCGUGACGAAAAAUCAGCGAAAAGUCGGCUUCACGAAAGGAGCCAGAGACGAGUGAGUUCGGAAAGCUGGUUCGGGUCGGGACACUGGAUUCAGCGGUCCGAAGACGAAUCGACAGCGGCUGUGUCUGGCCGCGUUGCGAGCCGCUCUGCAGGCCUACGGCGCCUUCCGGACUAUGGCCGCCACGGUGUACGACGGCGCCGCGCAGCUCUACACUUCCGAAGACAUGGCCGAGGCCCUCAAGCAGGUCUCUUUUGAUGUCCAGCAAUAAUUGGAGGGUUGACUGAGGAAUAAGAAGCUGCGAGAAAGAACUUUGGAACAUUUCUAACGAUCCAAGAGAUAUGAACAACUAAACUGAGCCGAAAAGUCUCAUCUUCAUUGAAAUAGGAACUGAAGUCUGAAAAAAUCUAAAAAAGCCAGACGCUACGAACGCUAACAAUUCUUUACGAAACCAAUUUCGAAAGAAAAAAAAGCUUCAUUUCACAAGAUUUUAGCUUUUCCCGAGUAAAGUUGGACAAACUUUUCGAAAAAAUUCAGCAAAUAUUUUUUAUGUCUUGAAAAGGCUGCUGUAAGACUUUUCUUGAUAAAAUUUCCCACGUUGCAGUAUUUUUUUGAAGUUUAUUUAUUCUAAUUCACAGCAAUGAAAAAAAUAACUUGAAAAAUACAAAAAUACACUAAUUUUCUUUGUACCAUAGCCGAAAUCGCAAUAAAAUUUGAGUUCAGUCUGGCGGAAUUUUCACGAUUCGAGUAGAAGAAUUGGAUGCGACGAUUCGGCAACUGAUCCGCGACCCUGACAUGGAACACAUUGAGAUUCUGAUCCAGCCGUGCUACCAGGAAGGCGACCGUUUCGACAUCGGAGAUCUGGAUUCCGAAGUGAGAACUGAUCGAAAUUUUUCGAAAGAAAUUGUCUGACUCUAGACAAAUCCCAACAUGGCCGAGCUGAAACGGAGUCGGAAGAAUUUCCUGCACCUCCUGACGAAUCAGGACGCCUCCGUCAGGGCUGGAAUGACCGUGUUCGGUGGCGGCCAUCUGUAUAACAUGAACGACAGGGGACGACCCAUCGGAAAGGGAUUCGAGCAACGCCAAGGAAUGGACAAGGGCAUCAAGUGAGCUGCAAUUCUUAACACAAGAUUUAUCAAGGACAAGAAGAGCUGGAAAGGCUUAGAUGAUGACUUUUUCGUUGGUAAAUACAGCUGGUUCACUUGAGCCAUAAAAGGGUCCUGACACGAUAGUAAAAGAGACAGCACCUGGCUGCUGGAGAGCGCAGACAGGCCACGCCUCCUUAGUGUCCCAAACUAGCCGUGAAUCGGCUCAACCAAAAAGUGUCUCGAAACCCGACAGGAAAAAUUUACUUUUCAAAAAGUUCUAAUGAAUUUGAAUGGAAGUUUUUUGUCGACUUGUAGUAUUGAAUCGAACCUUUAAUUCAAGUUCUAUAAAGUUUUUUUGCAGAUUCAUCGAGAACAAGAAGAGCAAAUCAGGUGGAGCUUCAGCCGCAAUGAUUUUGGAUUGUAGGAGAACAUUUGUUUUUAAUUCUCAUGUAGGAUGUGUUAAGCCAAAGUCGGAACCUUUUUCAAAAAUCAGUCGCUGGCGAACUCUCUGCUAGAAACGGUCAGCGGCGGUCUCGGCAUGUCGUUCGCCAGAGAUGAAAGAGGCCGUGUGAUUGAUCCAAAAUGGACGAAAAUCAAUCGAUAUGUGAAGGGUGAGAUCAAAGUCGUGAGACAGAAUGAGCCGUUCUUUUUGGAGGACUUCGAGUCGAAACGCUCGCAGGAAACAUGACGAUGAUCGCCAGUGGAAUUUCCGACGUUCCCAUUUCCCAACUGACCGAAGAGCCUUUCAAUCCGAAAAAGUGGGUUGGAAGUUGUGAUGCUGAAUAUGGUUAGGAAAGUGUCUGAGGUCAAACUUUCGACUGGAUCCAAACUUUCCUAGUAGAAAAAAUAGGAAAAGUAGAAAAAUCCUGUCGAAAAAUUGUGUGAAUAGAAUAUGUAUGGAUAGAAUACCUAAGACUACUUCCCACUGAAGUUUGAACUAGAUCUGCGAUAUAUGUACACCUCGAAAACUUCAAUAAAGUGCCAUGCAAACUUGAAUCUCUUCAAAAAACAAUUAUUGGAUGGCCUAUGGGAAACUAAUUUCUUCAUCUUGCAGAGACAAAAGCGCAUCUUCGCAGCGGCCCGUCUACGUUCUACAGAAGUUCGAGGAUCUGACCAACCGUCAUUACGACAGAAAUCUUCCGGCCGUUGUUUUCCGCAGAGCCACCGGCGUAGUCUUCUAUCCCAUCGAGGAGCUUAUCGUCUCCAAGAACCAACGUGUUCCCAACCAGAAGUUGGACAUCAAGGUCCAGUUCUGUUGAAACGAAAGACUUGUUUGAUGACGAGUUUUUGAAGAUUUCUAACCCUUCAUAUGAACUAACAGAAAAAAUUCCCAAUUUUUCAAUUUUUACAAGCUCAGUGACGAUUGCUUGAUUUUUUUUUCUGAUCCAACCCACUUGCUCUGACUCGAAAUUCCAUUGUCGCACUUGGAAUGGCUCAGAAUCUUGAGGUGGGGAUCAGGUAUACAGUCGACUCGAAAGUCGUUUUCAUUUGAAUGCUCUUUUUUAAGGCGAAAUUACUGCUCGAGCCAUUCCAAGUGCGACCAUUAGCUUCAGUACAUGAACGUAUUACGAUCCAAUCUAUUUCAAUCAAAAAAGGAAGUUUUGCAUUUCAGCCAGCUCCAGUGAAGCCCGAACUGCGGUGGAAUCAGAUUUUGGAGUCCCUGGCGGCACUGAAUCUCCACUCCGGCGGAUCGAGGAACGAAUUUCUCAGAAUGUUGGUUUUGAAGCAUGCGGAAAGAACUGGAAGUUUGCCAUUCCAGGUUUGGCGUGACUUUGUCGGCGAGUCCCAAAAUGGUGGAAGGAUUCCGGCGGCCGAUGCCCCGAGUCGUCUACGGCGGAAAAGUUGAGCCUGAGUACAAUCAGGCCAGGGUGAGUUUGGAAAUGAGUGGAAAAGGGAGAUCGCAUUCGAAAUAUUGCACGAUUCUAAUCGAAAAUGACCGUCUUGAAAAAAUGAGGAUUCAGGCGAGUUGGGAGUCCCGCGGGCAGAAGAUGGUGAUCAAUGGCCAGGCGGAUCUCAUCAUCAUUGCCCACACUUGCCAUCCUAGCAUUGCUGCGUGAGUUUUGAAGUCUUCUUUUCUCUGAAAUAUGUGCAAAAAAUAAAAUUUUGGACAAAACCUCAGACACUUUUCUUUUUCGAAAAUUGAAUAAUUCGAAAUUUUUUGCACACUACUCCAUGAUUAUAUUACAGAGAUGUGAAGAACGUUCUGGAAAAGGCAUGUGCCCAGGCGGGAAUCAAAGUGGGAAAAUGGUUCGCCCGGCCGAUUCCGCAGCCGAUGCGACGGCAAAAAGAGUUCCUCAAUGCUGUAGGAGCUUCGUUUUCUUUCUUUUACUCAAAAUGAACUUUUGAGGUUUUCGAAAAAGCUUCUGAAUCCUCUGUAUCUGCCGUCAUCUUCAUCGAUGAUCGCGAUUCUCCUUCCCAUGGUUUCUUUCCUUUUUCUCAUUUUUUGUAAACUUUCAAGCAAAAUCUCACUAACUUUCAAUUUUCAAGCAUUUAAAAAAAAAGAACUUUGAUAAAAAUAAGGUUGGAAAGAUACUUCAAUUAAAUAUGAAAAUUGUUCAUAGAUCUUUUUUCCUUGCUCUCAAAUGAGUUUCAUGUUGAAGAUCUUCUGAAACUAAUGGAGAGAAGACAUCUUGUUCCAAGCCAGCAAAUCACAACCGAAGUCGCAAAAAUGAUGUACAAGUGAGUUUUUUAUUCCUCGUGAAUUCACGGCGUUUUCUGCUAGGGGAAGUAAAUGAAAACAAAAAAGCGGGGGGCGGCGUCGAAACCUCCGUCGUUCCCAUGUGAUGUCAUGGGAACGGCGGAGUUUUCGACUCUGACCGUAAAUAACAGGACAAUAACAGGGCAUAUGAAAGGUGCAUGCGAGCGCACUUUCAUGGGUCUUUGAGACGAAUCGCACUAAGAAUAACUGACGAGAUAAACGCGAGGUCGGUGACGGUACAUUGACGAGCUCGCAAACAUCUCGCUUUUUUCUAGGCGCGAUCUCGCAUUUAUCUUGCAUUUCGGAAAUUUUCAAAAUGCGAGAGAAAUGCGAGCUCGCGCCUAGAAAAGUGCGAGCUUGCGCCCAGAAAAAUGCGACCGGCGCGAGAAGAAAAGCGAGAUGUUUGCGAGCUCGUCAAUGUACCGCCAGCGUCUCGCGUUUAUCUCGGCAGUUAUUCUUAGUGCGAUUUCUCACUAAAUAAGAGCCAUUUUUCUGUGCGAGACCGUCGUAGUGUAUGCACAUGACACACGACACUUUACAUUUUUUUUUACUUAUUUUGAUUAAUUAAAAAAUUUUCCAGGCAACCGAAGACGACGACGAACAUCAUCCGCAAGCUGAAUUUGAAGCUCAACGGCUUCAACAACGAAGUCAUUCCAGAGGCCUAUGCGUUAGUCCGAACCGGUCUGAAAGGCUUGAAAAUGAUCGGAAUUUUCAGGAAAAACCAUUGGAUGGCCAACAAACCCAUCUUGGUCAUAGGAUACGAUGUCGCCCAUCCCGGACCUCAGCCUCCGGGAGAAAUUCAGGCCAAGUUGCCCCCGUCGCAGGCUUCUGUCGUUGGUGUGAGUUUCCGGAUAGCCCAGCAGAAUCACAUUGAAAAUACAAAAUAUGAGAAUUUCUAGAAGGGAAUUCUUUAGGCAGGGUCCUCAAGUCGUCAUGAGACAUUCUAGAAUCAGCUUUAUAUGAGCGCUAUGCUUCAACAUACAUAAUAAUCAACAUUCUGUGCUUUCUUUUCUAUGGAGUCCUUUUUCGGUCUCAUUAUGCUCGACAGACUUUUUUCUGGAACCCUGAAAUGUACACUCUAAAUUCUUUCCUAGUAAGACCGAAAAUAAUCAGGAGUAUCUGGCAAAAAAAGUAUUUUCUACAAUUAUCUUCCAGUUUUCGUUCAACGGCGGAGUGCAUAAAGAAGCCUUUGUCGGCGAUUUCCACUUCCAGUUGCCUCGAUCUGAAAGAGUUUGACCUGGAACGUCUAGCCGCGAUCAUAGUUCAUUUUUCAGGUCGAGGACAAAGUUUUGAUCGAUCGGAUGAAGUGGAUGCUUCGCAGCUACAUAAAAAAUCGAGGCGUUUGGCCCGAGUCGAUUCUUGUGAUUCGCGACGGCGUCUCCGAAGGACAAUAUCAGAUGGUGAGCAGUGCGAACAGCUGAAAAAGUUGGAGUCCUGUCAGAAGUGAUUCUCUAGGAAAGUUGCGAGGCUUUAUUAGAGAAAUCGCUUGAAAAAUAUCGCAAAAAUGCAGAUAUCUGAUGCUAAAAAAAAUGAAAAUAAUUUGAAGAACAAUAGAAAAUAGUAUAUAAAAAUACGUGCGUGGCGCGAUUUCGAAGAGAAAAACGUAUUACGAGUGACACCUGUUCCCUUGAUUGGAAAUCGAUUGAAAAAAAUUCAGUAAAAAAUAACUUUUCGUUUUUUCGAGGAAAAGCUGUUUAGACCUAAUAGGAAAAGAAAAUGAAAUCGGAGAAAAAAGAAUCGGAGCCAAAAACCGUCUUUUUCUUCGUUCAGGCGAUGGAAGAAGAACUCGGAGCGUUGCGGAUCGGCUGUGAGGAGUACGGUAACUUGCACGGUCGGGAGAAUUGGUCGCCGCCUUUUGGACUCAUUAUUGUCACGAAACGCAACGCCGCUCGUUUCUUCUCCCAGCGAAACGGUUUGUCAACGGAUUCUCUUCGGCCUACUUUGCACCUGGUUUAAACUUCAUUUAUAAAAUGAUCGAAAAAUGAGGAAAUGCGUUUUAAAAAAUGCCAAAUGAAGAAGGUGUUUGAAAAAUGGAUCUAAUAAAGCAAUAGAAUCUUUCACGAAUAAUGUGAACGUGAAGUAGAAGACGUUUCGUUAGUUUUUUCAUUUCCUUUUCUGGAGUUCCUCAGUCUUUUCAUUUACAGUUUUCGGUUAUAUAAGGUUAGUCGGGAUUGAAGUUUUCUAUUUUGAUAGAAUCGUGAAAUAUCACUUUUUUUUCAAGAUAAGUACAAGCUUUUUAACGGGUAUUUCUUGCGAGACACGUUAAACUUGGUGUAUCCGCUCCUCUGCACAUUUUCCCGAUAAAAUGAAAUUGCGAUUGGCUUUGAGAUUUCAGGGUUUUUUUGGCGGCUCAAAGUAGGGUUUCAAAGACGGGACAAAAAAAGUCUCCCAGAGGGAAAACUUUUUUUAAAUCUUCAAAUGUAGAAAGAAGCGAAGAAGAGGCGAGUUUCAGGCCGAGUCGAGAAUGUCCAACCCCUGAUGACCAUCGACCAAGACGUCGUCCGGCCCAACGUCAACGAGGUCUACAUGGUGACGUCACACGCGAUUCAAGGGACCGCCAAGCCGAUUUGCUACCAACUUCUGGUCAACGAGAUCGGAAUCGAGAAUAUGGACGCUUUUCAAGCGCUGCUUACUGCCCUCACGUAUACACAUCAGGUCCGAUUUAGGGAGAGACAAAUUGAGGCACUUCAUUACUACUCAAUUACAGUGAAAAAGAGAGUUGUCUAGAAAUCCGCUCAUGAUGAAGGUAGUUUUACUACAAAAAAUUCGAAACUUGCCAAGAAAAUUCCUCUAUAAACCAGAGGCAGCUCCUGGGAGACUUAACCUACACAUCUUCCUGGCUUCCGAGAAAUAAGGGCUCGGAGCCCCGGAAUAGCUUAUUUUAACGAAUUUUGAGAUUUUCUUUGAAUUUUUGUACGCAAAAAUAGUCACAACUUGAAACAGUCUGACCUGUCUGCGUCUCUUUACUCUCACCGGUGUCGUGGAAACGUGAGAGCUGCUCGUAACACGAGAGUUUGUGAAGAGAGUGCAGAGUAGUUAAAAAAUUUCAAGUUUUUUUCAGUUUGGGAAAGCGGCGAGUUAAGCCUUAAGAAUACAUAAGAACUUGAAUCUCAAAUCAAUACCCAGUGACGUCAUCGUCUUUAUAUCUUUAAGCUCUGGUAAUUUCGUAUAAGUUCGCGUUUAGUUUUUCUUUUUUCAUACGGAAAAGUUGUCCACUGAAUAAGGCCUCUUGCAUUGCUUGAGCCUGUUUCUAGUUGGCAGCCUACCUCUUUUAAAUCGAAAAAAGACCAUAAGAUUUUCAAAAAAUGAACAGAGUACAAGAAAAAAGAAACGAUGACGUCACUAAGAAGCGAUAUGAGAUUUAAAAAAUUUCCUGACCUAACAAGAAGGUCAUCUAACUUUGAGGUCGAGAAUUUCAUGAAAGUUGGCCAGGCCAGGCCAGUCCUAGGUGUACCAGAAAAAAAAUUCCGAAAGUCCUUACCUGCCCAAUUUCUAGAAAAAAAAUUUAUAUGGAAAUUUUAUGAAAUUGCUCGUUUCAGAUCAAUGAUUCGCCGAUCAGUAUUCCGGAGCCGGUGUUCCAGGCAGAUGAAUGGGCGAAACGCGGAAACAACAUGUGGAAAGUCUACAAGUGGGUGGAAGUUGCCUCGGAAAUGUUGCAAUAUCAGUGUUCAGCGAAUAUUACCAAAUGUCGCGUCUGCCCCACAACGGCGAGUACUCCUCGCCGCCCAUCGACUACGAUCGCAUGACCGAGACUUUGUCGUAUUGGAACACGAAGUUCUCGAAUUCGAGGAUCAACGCCUAG